UCCUGCAAUCGCACCAGAUACCGCUUCUCAAAAUGCAAAUGAAUCAACUAAUUCAGAACAAGUGUCACAGAACCAACAACCCCCUCUAGUAAUAUGUCUCGAUGGUAACUUUCAACACCGGCACCAUUUUUCAGGCAGCAGGAAUUACGUCGAGUUGAUAACUCCCGAUAAGUUUAUCAAACCUUGCUCAAUCAAUCAGAUGAAUGACUACAUCAAAAACCAAGAAGAGAUCCACCGUGUCAGAGGAACUCGAGAUCGCUGUGCAGAUUCUCAUAAAGCUGCAGAUGAUAAGCGAAAUAAGUCGACAUGGAAAGCAUGUGAUGAUACAGGGCUGAUGGGCUGUUGUUGUAGGCAUGACUCAGCCAUUUACCUUGCAAACAUCUCUGAUGGAGGGGAAAAUCGCAAGUAUCCCUUGGCUAUACUAAACCAGGUUCUAUCCAAUGUCAACUCAAGAAGGGAUGUGCGAGUUCUCUACGAUAUUGGAUGCAAUUUGAAGAAGUUUAUUUCUCUACGGCACCUCUUCCCCGAAGAUACUAAUAGGCUUACAUUCGGCACGUCGGUGUUUCAUUCCUAUGUACACAAUUGGAAGUGUCAAUUGGAAUUUAGCCCUCGCUACAACGACGGAUGGGGCCUUUCUGAUGGCGAAGGACUAGAAAGACUAUGGUCUUAUCUUUCUCCUCUAUACAACAAAGCAAUAAGUCGAAAACAAGAAUCAACCAGCAAGCUCAACUCACUCUAUCGAUUAAUCAAUCUUUUUGCAUCCCCAAGAGCAAGUUACAACCUGCAGUUUUUUGCAGAUCAAUGGAACGAUCAACGGCAAUUUCAGUUGAACCAUACUGAUGCGGAUCGCGAGCGGCAAGAGCAACUAGCAGGCUUCCUGGAUCGGGAAGCCAGUUUAAAUAGACUGAGAGCACGAGUCAACGAGAUGGCAUCGGCCAAUGUUGAUACGUAUGACAACAUAUUUCAAUCCUUACUGGACAUUGCCUCAAGCAUGGAACAGCAACGCGAAUUCGCUAGGGAGUUUCCUGGAGAGCACGACAUUUUGAUUGGCCAAGAUGCCCCAAGGAGAAGAUUGCAACUACUCCUUUGGCAUUCCAAAUCCGAGUUGUACACUCAUGCUGUUGAGUUGUUUGCGGAACGACAGCCUUUGUAUCGCGGGACUCACAUUGGAACGACACUCAGCACACGAAUCAUAGCUGCGAUUGAACGGCGCAAGAGUCCUAUUGAAACAGCAAUACGGAAAUAUAACGAAUAUCGACAUGAAUACCUUUCGCUUCUGUCCCCUGACGAAGAUCAACCAAAUAUCCCCGAGAUGACUUAUCGAACUUUUGUCAACUUGUCACUCGAUGAUGCUUUCUGGCAAGAUGUGUAUCUGUACCAUUCACAAGCUCCUUGGGCGGUCAACUCCGAUGUACGAUCCGGAAUACAUGCAAUGCUGAUUACAAAAAGGGUAGAAGAGGAAAUUGGUAUGAUACAGCAUGAGUUUGAAUCAGCGCUAUCUUGGGCUGUAAAUCAUCAUGUCGCUAUCAAGGCAAAAAUUAGUAUACUUGAAAAUUUCCUCUCGGAAGCGGAAUUGUCUGAAGAUGAUGAAGAAGUUGAGGCAAACGAUACGGCAGGCGGCAUUCUUACUUCGAUCAGCUUGGGUGAUUGUGGCAACUCGGUCAAGGCUGAACUAUCACUAUACAUCUUAAAGAACCACCUCACUAAACAUGAGGCUCUUCUGAAUACUUGGUCGGCGGAUGCUCUGUCAUUGUGGGAACAGCUAUAUGGAAACGGUCCACAAACUCACGAAUGGUUCCGCCUCAUAUCAACAUUAGCAUCAACUGAAGCAGUUCACACCAUGGGGACCGAACAUCCUGAACAGGAGGUUAUCAAUGAUGACGAGGGGGUUGAGAUCGAUGAGGAAGGGGAAGAGGUAGACCCGGGUGAACUGCUAAAUCAUCUACAUGUCAAUUAG